GGGGGGCUGAAUACUAAAUGCGACCUUUCUCCUUAUUAAAGUGUUUAAAUGAAUGCUGGAGCCAUAGGAUGUGUUCCCUACGCAGUGCGCGACAUCUUGAUUUGGGACGUGGCCCUGUAGUGAGAGAGGACAUUGUCCGUUGUCCGGCGCGCUCGAGAGAGAGAGAGAGAGAGAGAGAGAGAGAGAGAGAGAGAGAGAGAGAGCGGGUUUACAGUGGCACCGCGCUCACGAGACAUCCGAACAUUUCACCGCAAAUGCAUUAUUUUUAAUUAUUUGAAUUGGAUGCGCGCGUGAGGCCGGUGCGCGUGAGAAGAGCGAGCUGCAGCAGGAAUAACGGAGAUUCUGAGCACGAGGGAGGAAAAAAGUCAAGUUGAUGCACGCAAAGACGGUGGGCGUGGCUUCAUCACAACAUCUCUAUUUCUACAGGUGGGCGUGGCUUCAUCCUAACAUCUCUUUAUUUCUACAGGUGGGCGUGGCUUCAUCCUUAUGUCCUGGGUUGUGUUUAAAGGAAUCGACACGAUGUCAAGAUCUGACGAGGUGAACAAAAUGACAGAAAAUGUCUACAAGAGCAUCUUGGAGCAGUUUAACCCCAGUUUGAAGAACUUUGUCACCAUGGGCAAACACUAUGAGAAAGCACUGACAGGAGUGACUGUCGCAGCUAAAGGGUACUUUGAUGCUCUGGUUAAACUGGGAGAACUGGCCAGUGACAGCCAGAGCUCAAAAGAACUGGGUGACACGCUGUUCCAGAUGGCCGAAGUACACAGACAGAUCCAGGUGCAGUUAGAGGAUGUGCUGAAGCUGUUUCACUCCGAACUUCUCUCUCAGCUGGAACAAAAGCUCGACCUGGAUAUCAAAUUCCUCACUGCGACGCUGAAGAAAUACCAGACCGAGCGGAGGUCGAAGGCGGAGUCCAUCGAACGCUGCCAUUCGCAACUGAAGAAACUGCGUAGGAAAAGUCAAAGCAGCCGCCACCCCAAUAAAUACGGAGACCGAGAGAUGCAGUUUGUGGAGCUGAUGAGUCGCAAGCAGACAGAGUUGGACUCUCUGGUCGCUGUUGGCUAUCGCUCGGCUCUCACCGAGGAGAGGAGGAGGUACUGUUUCCUGGUGGAUCGCCAGUGCUCCGUCGCCAAGCUGAUAAUAAACUACCACAGCAAGGUACGUGAGCUCAUGUCACAAAAGUUGUCAUCAUGGCAACAGUCCUGUUCCCAGCCAACAAAAUUACCUGAGCGUGCGUUGAACCUGCUGCGUCACACGGCCCCUCAGGGCGCCGGGGCUUCUGGGAUAGCAGAUGUCCUCCGACACACUAAACUGGGUUCUGCUCAGUCUGGAGAGCAGAGGCUUUCUGUACAGGAAGUCCCGCCCCUUCUGAAUGGCGACUCAAGCAGUCGGUCCCAGCAACAGCGCGGUGGAUCCUCUGUCUCAUCUGACCCCACCCCUCGCACCAUCUCUACCCAAAACAGCGCCACCUACAACACCAGCACCUCCUCUAGCCUUGGCCAGCCACAGACCUCUGUGCAGUCAGGGAGUGGUUCGAGCUUACUUUCUCCACCAACUGGUUCUGCCUUCCUCUCUCUUAGCCCUGCCUCUGCGUCGUCCCUUAAUUCUCUGCAGGGCUUGGCUCCGCCCCCAAGCGCCCCCCACACUCCUCAAUUGCCCCACAGUGCACCUCUCUCUCGUGCUCUUACCCCCGUGCCACCCUCUGCCUUCUCUCCUCCGCCCUUUAACCCUCUGCUGCUCAGGGCGGCCGACGUCUACGCAACCUCCACGCUGCCGCUGCCAAGGAAACAGCCGAAUGAGAUGCAGACAGGAAUUUUGGGUUCUACCCUACCCCGUGUUCUCCCUCUUUCUCCCCCACUCCGUGUGGAGGCGCUGUUCUCUCACUCUCCCAGCUCUAGUGACAGGGCGGAAAGAGGAGAGAGAGCAGGGUCGUGUCUGCUGUCCUUCCUUCCAGGAGACAUCGUCGGUCUUCUGAUCAGCGAGCCGAGAGACGGGUGGCACUACGGACAGAACGAGAGAACUGGACGGAAAGGCUGGUUUCCCUUUUCCUAUACACAGCCGCUCCCAAACACGUUGACGCCGACUCACCACGACGCCUUCAGUUCUCCGGGUCUGUCCAAGUUGAACAGUACGAGUAUGGGACAGUUAGACAGGCUGCCCCCUGCAGGUGAGUUUGGGAAGCUCAGUCCAGACUCGGAAGAGGAGCGGGGGAUCAGCACGUUUAGGCCACGCCCCUACAGCAUGAUGAACCCUGACAUCAGACGCACAAGCCCGGGACAUGCCGAGCAGAAGGGCAAAGAGCAGUUCCCCGAUGAGCGCUCAUCUCCUCCACCGUCUCCCACCAGGACCAAUCCGUUCGCUCAUAUCCAUCUGAGGAAGACGGUGACCAACGAUCGCUCGGCUCCACUUAUCGAGUAGCGAGGAUCGUCUUUUUUCACUUUUUGUUCACUUUUCUCUUUGGCGGAAAUCAUUUUUUAUUUUUUAUUUUUUAUUUAGAUUAGUAAGAGAGAAAAAAAUAACAGUAAAUGUAUAAAUCCUGUGGAAAAAAUGAUUUACAUAGCUAAUUUACUUCCUCUUUUAUAAUUUUUUUUCAGCUGAGCCAGAGAUCAAUUUUUAUUUUUUAAAUUUUAUAUUAAUUAAAAUCGCUUCCAUGUUGAUUAACAAAACUGUUUAAAUAAUGUCUCGAUUUAAUCGACAUGUACUGUUUAAAAUACGUGCCAAAAUAUGUUCUCAUUUUGGAUCAGGUCGCGUACCGGAAGUCAGGUCAUAUUAUGUAUUUAAUAUAUUUAAAAUCAACAUGAGUGAAAUCUCCAUUUUAGAGUGCUAGACACAGGUACAUGCCUGUGUCACUGCUUUAAAAAAGUCACUGAUGCUGACAUUGUGUUUUGACUCAUUAUCUCUGAUAGCUAUAGCUAGCUAUAUUUCUAAAACGUUAGCUAGCAGAUUUGUUUUCCGCUCGUUUGAGAGCUAGUCUGCGUUACACUUCGUCUCUCAGGAAUUCGUUAAUGAAUUAGAAUCGUCUAUCAAAUUUUAGCCGGCUAAUUAUUACAGAUUUUCUCUCAUAAGUUAGCUAGAGAAUUGUUGCAAAAUAUUCUUUCAAAUGAAAGCUAGUUACAAUAAAGUAUUUUUUUUUUGUUACGUUACAGCUUCCUGUCAGUUCUAAGCCAACGAAUUAGAAUUGUAUAAUCGAAUAUUUUGCAGCUAGUUCCAUUUUCUCUCAGAUAAUAAAAUACAAUAAAAUAAAGCUAAUGAGUUACAAAUCUCUAUCAAAUGCUAGCAAGAUUAUUUCAGUUUUCUCUCAAAUAUAAGCUAGCUACAUUUCGAUCUAAUAUCGGUGAUUUGAAAUUUUCAUACAUAAGUUAGCUAUGCUCUAAUUUUCUGUCAGACUUUUUCUUUUCAGACUACAUUCCCAGCGUCUCACAAUCAUUAGCUAGCGAAUUGGUUUUCUCUCAGAUGUCAGCUAGCUGUAUUACAGAUACAAUUGUCUUUCAAAAAUAUUCCUGUGAAUUAGAAUUGUACGUUAGCAAUUAGAAUGACGGGUGUUACAAAAUAUCACGGAACGUAGCUCGCUAAUUCCAGAAUCAUUUUAAAUACCACAUAGUUGCAUUGUAGCUUUCUGUUAAUGAUAUGCUAGCGAAUUACAGUUGUCUAUAAAAUUUUUGCAAAUGAUUAAAAUAUAAUAGAUAAUUACAAUUUUUUCUCAAACAUUAGCAUUUCUCACAAAAGCUAGCUAGCUUCAUUAGAAUUGUAGCUCUCCAGUGUUAGCUAGCUCGUAUCCUUCCGUCGCCUGUCUACCGACUUAAUGUGGAGAUUUGUGUUUUGUGCCUUGAGCCAUUUUGGAUAAUUACAUAUCCUCUAAGUUCUGCUGACGUAUUUAGUGAAUGUAGACGUUAUCUGAUUUUAUAAAGUACAGUAUUAAGUUUCAGAAAGGAUCCAGGAAGUAAAAAUGCAGAAGGUCGGUAUGUUGUCUUGUUGGCGUCUUUUGGUUGUUGAGAUAUUGAGGGUUUACGGACGUAGGUUCAUGUCCUGGAUUCAGAAGGUGUUGAUUCAUUGCUGCAUUGCUGAUUCAUUGCUGCAAAUCACAGGCAUACUAUUUGCGUUUCUUUCGUACACGUCGUUGUUUCCAUAGUAACAUAAGCAGGGAUUUACAGGAGUUACAGGAGACAAGAUUAUGUGAACACAAAUGAAACGUGUAAUCUCUCUUGGACCACCAUUUGCAUUUAAUACAGCUUCCCAACCCACUUAUUCUGAAUAAGUGGAAUUUUGAACAAUUCAUCUAGCAGAAGAUCUUCUAGUUGCUUUAGAGAGGUUGGAGUACGGAACCUGCUUCUCAAACUUCUCUCCAAAAUUUCCCACACUGGUUUGAUCAGAUUCACAUCAGGUGAUUGAGCUGGCCAGGGCAGAUGUUGAAGUUCAGACAUUUGGUUUCUGUCCUUCCUAAUGUAUUAUGGUCUGGAUUUUCAUCCACUUUUCUUCUUUGCUGAUGAAUUCCUGUCCAUUGUAGCCUACACAAAUCAUAUUAACCCUUAUAACAAUGGGUGUUCACAUUAUUUUGUCCAACCCCUGUAUGUUAUACAAAAAUAAACUUCACUAUGGUAACAGUAUUAACAGUACAGCAAUUAUAGGGGGCCAAGCACCGGGUCAAUACUGUGAGAAUCCUGCAUUCUGUAAGGGAAAUAUUUCCAUGAAUAUAAAUGAUGUUUGGUAACAUUUAUAAGGUUUAAGAUUAUCGACAUUGCCGAUUGUCGUAGUAGAUUGUGAUCUCCACUCAAAUCAGCCAAAUUAAAGUCAGAAUUAGUCACAUAUAUGGAUAUUUUGUGUGGGUUGAUAAUGUGAUCAAGCUGUACAAUGUUAACAAUACGGCAUUUACACAACAGUGUUCGGGUGAAAUCUGUGAAGGUUAAGAACGUACGGAGAAUGACGGCAACUUCGGAAAGUGAUGAAAAAAGUCCUGGAAAGUGUGGAUGUGUCGCCGGAGGAGGAGGAGGAGGAAUUUGAUCAGAUAUUUUAUUUUUGUUGGCUUGCUUUCUCUUUAUUGGAGAGAGUUUGUGGUGAUUAGCGGUCGUUCUGUUCCUAGAGUCAGUUAUUAGCUAGCUGUUAGCUAAUAGUCGUGAAUGCUAGCGAAACCGCAUAGGAGAGGUUAGCGUAUAAGGUUUGUUAUUGCGUAUUUGCAAUAACGAUGAAAGCAAUUUGAAACAAUUUAUGUGUAAAUGUAUUAGACUGUCAUCCCAAAAAGCACUCUUUUUUUUUUUUCAUGUUUUAUUUAAAUCAGAAAUUGUGUCUGAUUUGUGAGUUUCAGUUCUUACAUCUGAGGAAAGAAAUUGAUCGCUGAAACAUUAGAUGUGAUCAUGUUAGAUUAUUUAGCUCAUUUGAAGUCUUAUGAUUAAUUAAACAUCUCCAAAUGAUUUUUUAUCUCAAUUACUUUUUUGUUUUUUAACUUUUGUUGAGAUUUUAAAGGAAGUGCAAAGCAAAAAUCACUGAAAAUAUUAACUCUUUUAAUUUAAAUUUAAUUAUUCGGUGUCGUUUUUAUUUUGGUCUGCGGUUUAAAUAAAAUUGGAGCCAGAUGUUGGGAUGUUUAUGUCAUAUGUAGUCAUGUGCCUAUAUAUAUAUAUAUAUAUAGUAAUACACUAUGUUGGAAUUUUUAACACGCACAAUGCGGUUACAUAUUAGAAAUGUUUUUAUUUCUACAUAUUUUUUUUUGGAGAGUAUUAUAUGAUUUAUAAGAAAGUAUAUCACAGUAGAAUCUUAAAAAAAAAAAAAAGCUGGUACAUGAUGCCUGUAUAAAUUUCACAUAUAUCUACGUAUCAAAUUUUACA